AUGGAUAUGCAAACGGCAAGCAGAGAUUUGGUCUGUACCGUUCACGGGGAUGCCAAGUUCCGCAAUCUGCCUUGGAACACUACUGGAGGUGGCAUUUCUGUUACUAAGUUUGGCAACAAGUACUUUGCUGGUGCCAAGUUAGAAGACUCUGUUACCAUUGGGAAACGGGUUAAACUGGUAGCCAACGCCAGUAGAAUGGCUGGCUGUGGGCAAGUGGCACAUGGAGGUGGUGUGGAGAUAACAGCAAGGGGGAAAGAUUACCCUGUGAGGGAAGAGAGUGUCACGGCAGCAGUCUCCGCUUUGUCGUUUGAAAAGGAAACUGUAAUUGGGGCCAACCUUCAGUCAGACUUCCGAGUGGGCUGUGGAUCAAAAAUAUCAGUCAACGCUAACCUAAAUAGUAGAAAUAUAGGCAAGCUCAGCAUCAGGACUAGCACGUCAGACCACACUGAGAUAGCUCUGAUAGCAGUUGUGUCAUUGAUCCAGUUCAUUCUUAGGAGAAGAUCGACAGCAGCUGAUAAAGGUGAGCAAGAGAGUGAUGAAACCUAUUUGGAUGACUAA